AUGUCGUUUUUCGGCUUCGAUGCUUCACGCCAUAAUCCGGCGGCGGCGGGCUUUUCUCAAGCCCAUAACCCUUUCGCCGGGUUGGCGAGCCACGACGACGAAGGCGACGCUCUGGAAUUCGAAGAUACGUAUGACGGCCUGGGCGAUCAGCUUGAUGAGAGCGGCGACGCCUUCAAUGACGAUACGUUUGGUGACACUGCCGAUCUGACCGCCGGGCCUUCUGGCAAUGAUUUCGAUUUCUUCGGCCAGACUGCCAAAGUUUCGAAUGCCAUUGAAGAAGAGCACGUCCGUUUCAACCGUCAAGCGCCUCCUGCCAAAGCUUCGCAGCCGGCACCUCAACCUUCAACGCAAGCUUUCGGUCAGCCGUCUGCAUCGACCACCCCAUCGUACGGUCAUGGGUCGCAACCAUCUUCGUCCAAGACGGUGCGGACAGGCUAUGAAAAGUACAGCAGCGAACCCGUCGGCGAGCUACAGGUUGAUCCGGCCCUCUGGGGCGUUGCCCCCAAAAAGCCCUCUCAGGCAACCCCCGCCGCCGCUCCUCCGCCGGCUACAUCUUCGGCGCCUCCGAGCCGAAAGGUGUUGAGUCUGGAGGAGGUGGAGGCUCAAAUUCGGGCUCAAGCAAAGAAAGCCGCGCAGUCCGCUCCAUCUCCUGCUCCUCAACCUGCUCCCCCUCCCUCUGCUCCCCAGUCUCAAGCAGCACCGCACGCACAGUAUCACAUAGCCUAUCAAUAUCCGCACCAUGUUCAACCUCAACUCCCUGCGCAAGCGGAUAUGUCUCGGGCCCAAGAGCCCUCAUUCCCUCCGGGAAAUGGACACCCUGUUACCAUCCUGCAAAGACCGCAAACCAAGCCCGCCUCUGCGCCUGGGCCGCCGGUUCAACAAGCAGUCCAGACGCGCCAGCAGCCGUCCGCACCCGUCCACCCGACCCAGAUCCUCCAGAACCCGAAUCGACUUUCCGGAGAUGCAGCUCGAAUCGGCGUCCCGCAGCACCCCACACCCCCGAUACCGAUGCCGGGCACUUACCCAUCGCACGCCCACCACCGACAUCAAAGCUCAUUCUCGCGGCAGCCGCACAUCAUUACUCACCCAUCGCAGCUUUCGCAGUUGACUGAGGAGGAGAAAGCUGCUUAUCUGGAGCAGGAGGCCAAGCGCGCGAAGCGUAAUCAUAAGAUAUUCCUCAUGUCUCGCGACAACGGCAUAAUGACACCCCAGGAUAAGAGCUUUGUCACCCGCAUUCAGCUUCAGCAGCUGGUGGCUGCAACCGGCAAUCCCAAUGAGCGCGGAACCGACGAAUCCCUUGCCGAGGACUUCUAUUACCAGGUCCACAGUCAGAUUCAGGGUGGCCAGCGGCAAAACCCCAACCAGCCGCUGAACAAUUUCGCGCAGACUUAUCUUUUCCAAACUGGGAGCCGCCAGGGAGGCCUGCGCCGCCACCACCGCGGACCCGAGAAUCACAUGCAGCGGAUGGAGCAGCAAGUGCAGCGUGCUGUCGAGGCGGCCAAGAACAAGCCCAAGAAUAAGCAGCUUGUCAUUGAGGGAAGCCUUGGCAAGAUCUCUUUCAGCAACGCCAAGACUCCCAAACCCUUGCUGAAUAUCAAACGCACGGAAAGCACCGGUGAAGCCCAUCGCCCCGGCAGUGCUCAUAAGCAGGUAUCCAGCGGCGUCGAUAGGAAGGGCGAGCUGCGCUCUAUCGAGCGUAUCUACACGACGCUUAUGAAAAUGGAGGAUCACGACCGGAUGAUGCCGCCUCCUCCCGCUACUGAUGCCGAUACUGAUGCGGUACAGAAGCUCGCCGCAUGGGGUAGCGAGGCGCAGACUUUGAACCGCAAGCUCUGGGACAGUCUUCGUAUCCAUGACCAUCCCGAUAAUGGGGGCGUGCACCCCUUCAUCGCGCUGCUUUCCUACAGCAAGGGCAAGAAGGCAAUGCAGCGCAUCUUCCGCCAUUUGACACAAGAGCAACGCACUACGAUCCUCACUCUGAUCGUUGUAAACCUGGACAAUCUGGAUGUUGUGCGAAAUGCCCAGGUGACGUCUGGCCAGAUACAGCUGAACGCGGCGAUGCGUGAAAAUGUCGAACUCUUCUCGGUUGCUGUCAUGUCGACUCUCUUCAACAUUCUCAACGAACUGGAUUUGGACCUUGUGGCCGGUGUGCUAGGCCUUGUCUGUUCUCGCAACGUUGAUGUUAUCGCCAAGAGCAGAGUUGGCGCGUCAAUGCUCACAAUGAUCCUGAGCCGCGCCGAGAUUAUCAAGCACGGCGGAGGCGGCAGUGAGCAGGCCUGGCGGUCAUGGGAUUUGACCUACACACAGUUUUUCGACCUGAUCGAGCCUACCCUUCCCCACAUCUUCCCGGGACCAGUUACCGCCAGCGACGAUAUUUACGUCUGGCAACUUCUGGCGGCCCUUGGCAUUGGCGCCGGCCCCGAUCAGCAGCAGAGGCUUGUUAUCGCCGUGAAGGACCGUGUCAUGGAUACGGUUGCCCUCUCAAAGAGCCUUCCCCAGGACCUCGCCGCCCAGCGUCUGCAAAACGUCAACCUUUUCAUGCGUUCGAUCGGUUUGGAUGUGGAACUGCUUCAGUGA